AUGUAUCAUAAUAACUCUUCGGACAAUGACCCGUACGAAGAAUGUGGGCUCUAUCGUUUUUCAAGUAAUAGUGGCCUUGGCAAAUGUGGUUCGCACGAUGGUGAUUAUAGGCUAUAUAAAAAAACAGAUUUAGAAGUUCGUCCAGUACAGAUUGAUGGACCGUCACUUUCUGAAUAUGAAUUAAUUUGCAGUCGUUAUCCAUUAGUGUAUAUCAAUGAUAUUUCUGCUAUUUGUCCAAAACAUCGAAGCAUGUUAUGUGAAAAUUACAAUCCAAUUGAAAAAUGUAUUGCUUGUGAUAAAAAAAUUGAUCCUCAUUAUAGCAAACGUUGUGGCAUAGUAGCGUCCAGAUUUUUAAAACAAAUCAAUCGUCGUAAAACACCAAUAGGUGGAUAUAUUUGCCGAAGCUGUCAACAUUACCAUGAGCCAAUGAUAUCGCAAUACAAACACAGUAUAGUUAAUUCCGAUACACAUUGGGAAGCAACUGACCACCAAGUGGCAUUGCCAUCUUCACUUGUUGUCGAAUCUCUACCGACUUCAGUAAAAAUCAUGGCUACAAUAAAACAACAGCCAACUGAUGCAUCGGCUAUAGAUCAAAAGUAUUGCCAUAAAAUGUCAACGGAUUAUGAUACUCAAUCGAUUUCAGCAACGAACUCGUUAGCCACUGAUCAGGACAAAUUAAAAUUUACUCGUACAACUGCAAAUUCCGAACCAUCUUCUGCAUCGAAAACCGAUCAACAUGACACUUUAAUUUCCACUGAGAAGCCAUCGUUACAAUCGCAAAAGAUAUCACCUUCGGAUAUUUUAUUACAUAUUUAUGAUUUUUCAUCGAAUACUUUUCACCUGAGAUCAGUUAAACCAGAGACAACUCUAAGACAAAUAAAAACUGAAAUGUCUCGUUUCUCAAAUUCACCGCAAAUACAACUAAUAAUUUUCAAUGUACGUAAACAUAUAAAAGUAUCAGAUAACGAUCUUUAUAAAAGAAUUGGCGAUUUAGAUGUUAAAGAUAAUGAUAUGAUUAGUUAUGAUCUGGUAACAAAAAAUGAGCCGUCUUAUUCUUCCACCCGUUCCUUUGAUACAUAUUCUGAUCGUUUGAUCAUGACACCAGAGCCAGGUCUCCGUGGUUUAGAAAAUACCGGUAAUAAAUGUUUUAUGAAUAGUGCAUUGCAAUGUUUAAGUAAUAUACCGCCAUUAACUCAAAAAUUUCUUGAAAUCUAUCAAGCACAACAGCAGGCACAUCAAGAUCGUCGUAAUGCAGGAACAAAUAAAAACAAGAAGAAAGAUGAAAAAGAAACAAUUGUAACGAUAUACGCAAAUUUUAUUUCAGACUUGUGGUCUGGUGAACAUCGAUCAUUAGAAUACCCAAGAGCAUUAAAUGAUUUUAUUUCUAAGAUUGCACCAAGAUUUGCUAGCUGGAGGCAACAAGACUCAUUUGAAUUUAUGUCUAUCUUAUUAGAUGAAUUGCACGAAGCAUUCAAUGAUGGUGGUAAUAUAGACAGAAAAAUAGAUGUUGAUGAAAAUGCUGAUGACGAUGACGAUGGCGAUCAUAUUUCUAUUAUCUCGGAACUUUUUUAUUCCGUAAUUAAAACAUACGUCCGUUGCCUUGAAUGUCAAAAGAUUAGCGAGACGAAAGAGUCACUUCGUUUUUUAUCAUUUCCCAUAACAGAAAAUUCGAAUCGAAAAUCACUUUCUCUCACAGAUUGUCUUGAAAACUUUACAGCUAUCGAAACAUUUGACGAUAAAAACGCAAAAUGGUAUUGUUCACAAUGUAACAAGUUAACCAAGGCAAAAAAGCAAGUCAAAUUAUUUACAUUGCCAAAAAUACUUCUAAUUCAACUCAAAAGAUUUAACUAUGAUCCACGAUCACCUCACAAUAACUGCAAAAUUGAAACAAUGGUUACAUAUCCACUAAAAUGUAUGAAUCUAAAUGCUUAUUUAACUGAAGAUAGAAAUCAUGAUCAUAAAGAUAUUUAUUAUGAUUUAAUCUGUGUUUCAAAACAUAUGGGAAGUCUUCGUGGUGGUCAUUAUGUUACAUAUGCAAAAAAUGUUGAAAAGGAAAAAUGGUACUGUUUCGAUGAUCGAUGGGUCAAUGAAAUUGAUGAAGAAACAGUUGUUACAAGAGAUGCUUAUAUCCUAGUUUAUGCCCAACGGAAAUUAAAUUGA